AUGUGCUGUGGCAAACCUCCAUGUUGCAACUGUUGUGGCUUGCCUGGCUGUACUAGUGGAACUGAUCAAGCUAGUAGUACUCCUGCUCCGAGUACAGCAUCAGCCGCAUAUGAAAGAAAUAUUCGUGUUGCAAUCAACACACCACGGCCAUCUGGAGCAUGCCUGACAUGUUGUGGACCGCCGCCUUGUUGUAAUACUUGUGGACUUGAUAUCUAA